ACACAACAGCAAGUAAAAAAACACUACAGCAAAUUAAAAAACACAACUACAAAUUAAAAACACAACAACAAAUUAAAAACACAACAACAAAUUAAAAACACAACAACAAAUUAAAAACACAACAACAAAUUAAAAACACAACAACAAAUUAAAAACUCAACUACAAAUUAAAAACACAACUACAUUAACCUACCGGAAGAGGUAGGUACCAGUGGGCAAGAUGAGACAUCGCUGAUUGGACGACACUGCAGUUCGGCCUUUGAACCGGAAGUUAUUCUUCCUGUAGCGCGUGGUUUGGAGAGGAGGAAGGACAGCAAAAUGUUUUGCCAAAACUGCGGAAAAGAACUGGUUGAGCUGUCCCCGAACUUUUGCAGCGGCUGUGGCAAAAGGCUUAAAGAAACAUCUAACGUUACCAUCGGAGACACCCAACAACCUUCGACACUACAGACUACCCCACUCUGCCCUACUCCAACCUUCAGCACCUUCCAAGAAUACAGAAAAAAGAAAAAUGAGGAGAGGAAAAAGUUUUCUUUAGGGAGAAUGGGGUUAAAGCAAAAGGGAAAAAGAAAAGUUCAGAUGAAUGUUGGCUUGAUGGCCAUUCAGAAGGAAGGUUUGAGGCCACAACGUGGAAAAACUAUUUCCCUAACAACAGACCCUGACAUCACUGCCGCAAGUCUGCUCAAUCAGGCUGUUAAAAAAAUGAAGGACUUUAACAAAGAUGUAAAAGAUGGACCUUUCCUCCUCCUCUAUCCGGAUUGCACCGAGAUCAUUAAUAUCCCUGGGACACAAAGACCAUUUACCCUUGAGACUUAUAAGGCUGAAGUUGGCAAGCCAUAUCAAAGGAUUACUGUUUUCAUCUGCUUGAAAAAAGACUUUGAAGAAGUUGGAAAAUUGUCAGACUUGUCUGACUCUGACACAGAGAUUGUUAUAAAAAAUUCCUCUGACUCUGAUCUUUCUGAAACACUGCCAUGGGAACCUCGGCUUGAAAGCAGUCGUAUACAAAGAGUGUCAGAAACAGAGAAUGGUGCUAGUGAUCUUGUGCCUGCAAGUGAAGUACAACAGGUUAUAGAUUUGGACAAAAACAGAAACAAUCCAGUCACCAGUAAAAGUAUCCCUGUAGAGAGCUCUUGUUACAGAACCUACACCGACUUGUUUGAACCCAUUGUGAUUGAUGACGAAGAGGAUGUUGAAGAUCUUUCUGAUAACAAAAAGAAUGAUCUGCCCCCAGAAGAACCAGCAGACACAAUUGUGCAGGCACAUGAAAUUAUUGCCGAGUUGGCACUUGCAAUUGACCAUAAGAAGGUCAGCAGGUUCAAUAUAUCACGGUCAGAUAUAUGGGAUGGAGCUGUUCGAGGGUUUCGACGCAACACAUACUCUGACAACAACGACAUGUUCAUCAAGUUUAAUGACGAUGCUGGCUCCUUUGAAGAAGGGUUGGAUACAGGUGGCCUAACGCGUGAAUUCCUUACUCUUCUCAUGGGCCAUGUGAGAAAUCGGCCUAUCUUUGAUGGACCUCCAGAAAGCCGUUAUCUUGUAUAUAAUUCAAGAGCUGCAAGGGAAGAUGAGUAUUUUUUAGCAGGAAAGAUGAUUGCUGUAUCCAUUGUACAUGGGGGACCAGCACCACAUUUCCUUUCAAAGAACCUGGUCAACCACAUGAUAGGGAAUCAGAGUUUCAGCGCCAAUGUAGAAGAUGUGAAAGAUGAGGAGAUAGGGAAAGUUCUACAUCAGGUCCUGGAAGCAGAAUUAGAGGAAUCUUUGCAAGAUCUAAUUUUGCAAAACGGCACCAUGUUCCAAACUGCUGGAUGCCUCCGAGUUGUUAAGAUUUCUGAGAAGCAAGCUUUCGUGGAGGAGUAUCUUAGAUGGUACAUCAUUGACAGAAACCACAGUGUUAUUCAACGAUUCAAAGAUGGAUUGGCAAGUCUGAAUUUUUUUGCUGCGUUGCAGCAGCAUCCCAGUGUUCUUGUCCCAGUCUUAUGCUUCUCUGCCAAAGCCCUGACUGCCUUAGAAUUGGAGAGCAUCUUCAGACCACAUCUUAGCCCAGCAGGAAGCAACAUGCGGCAGAAGGAGGGCAAAACACUUGGCUUUUGGGGAGAUUAUCUUCUUGAUUCUGAAGAGAAAUUGACGGCUGUGUCCCUGGAAGAUUUGUUGAUGUUUGCCACAGGUCUGGCAGCGCUUCCACCAGCAGGCAUCACACCACCUCCUCGCAUUGAGUUUUUAAGUAAUUCACCUUUUCCGGUUGCAAACACUUGUGCAAAUACACUUAAGCUACCGCUCUUGGACUCAUACAGUGUUUUUAAGAGAAACAUGGACUUUGGGAUACAAAAUGCUCCAGGAUUUGGGUGUUUUUAAAUCUUAAAGGUCUCAUGUCAGUCACUGACUCUCAUCAGUCCAGUUGCUGUUGGACUACCUCUGUAAAGGUACUUUUGUUCUUCUGUUAAGGUACUUUUGUAACACACUGAUAUAAG